ACAUCUCCGCUUCGGCCGUGAUCACAUCGUACUCUGCUAGAUUCACACAACAGCAUAUUCUUUGGGUUUAUUCUACGUCUCCUGCACCCAAGCCACAGCCCGCAGGCAUCACUUCUAUGUCACCUCAAGCUUUGGCCAAUGACUUAGUCUCUCAACAGAGCCUGGGAGCUCUGCGAGGUGCAUGCGAAUUGUGCCACAGACAUAAAGAAAAAUGCAUCUUGGAGCACGGGCAACAGGCUUGCCGCAAGUGCAGGGCACUUAAGACGGUAUGUGUUCUUCGAAAGAAGAAACGUAUGGGUCGACGCCCCGGCCCAGAACGGUUUCCACACGGGAGUUGUUCGAUCCUCGAACUCAACCCUGAGACUCACGAACACCAAGAGACCGAUAAAUCAAAGGAAGGCUACCAAUCGGCCAACUCACAGCCAAUAUAUCAUGAUGCUGAACCAACUAAUUGGGCCCCUCUUGCUCAUAAUUUCACGGAAUACACUCUGAAUAGCUCAAUGUCCGAACCCUCCAGUCAGUGUCAAUCACUCAAGGUUGCUCCUUUGACCGGGUGCUCAUCCUAUUCAUACACCCUGAAAGCGCCCAUUGAAGCAUAUCCUGGGCUUGGCUAUGUACUGGCGACUAAAGAAGGUUUCUUUGACGCUCAUCGACAAUUUAUGCUGGGACGAAGUUUUAUCGACGAAUAUCAACACGCCGUUCAGCUGUUAUUCACUCGGGCCCCACAGGCACUGGGGUUAGUCUACUCAGCUACUUUGCAUUUGCUGAACCACCGAAAGGAGCGCCCCGGAGGAGUGGAAGGACCUGAUGUGUCCCUUGGAUCUCAAUGUCUUGGAUGGCUUAUCCACGGAUCAUCGCGCAUAAAAGAGAUGGAAGAUGCUGCGGUUGUCCUCAUGAUGGGACAAACCCUAAUGGUUUACAACACGUUGCUUCCAUCCCCCUCGUCGCGGACCAUUAUACGCGGUGCAUUAUUGAGCACUAUGAACUGGUACCCGACUCUAUUACAACAACCUAACCUUGAUCCAAUCACUCUCACGCCGAUUCUGUUGGACACUGUCGAUUGUUUGAUCCGACGACAGACGCCAAUUGUCCGGUUUCCAACAGCCGGAAGGUUAAUCGUUGACAGACUCAUAGGGCUCUGUUCGACACUGCUACCGCUUCUUUUCGACUUGUGUGACCAGAGCCACCAGGCCAAGAUAAAAGCAUCAACGUUGCCUCUCGCAGGUUCUAAUAGCGACCCGUACAUUGACCUAGAGCGCAAAAUAAGUUCGUGGACGCCUAGAUUGUCACCAGACCUUUUUCUCAAGUAUCAAGCCUCAGAGAUUGCAGCUAUGUCAGCUCAAGCUCGAUCGUACCGUACCGCGGCUUUACUUAUCAUCCACCGUUUGCGUUUUCCUUUGGGAACCGAGGACAGUGUUGGUUAUAGCUACGCUGAGAGUAUAUUGAAUGAAUUGUCUUUCAUGAAGCACUGGCCUAUUGAUGGGGCAACGGGUCUUGGAUUGGAUUUCCCGCUUAUGGUUGCCAUGCUGGAGAUACCAAGCUCUGCAAUGGAAUUGUUUAGAGCUUUUGACACGCUGAGAUACCAGAGACAUCUCUCAGAAAGCUUCAUAGAGUUUGUGGGUUCAAUUAGGAAAGCAUAUGAUGAAGGAUAUGGAGGGCUAUGGCUUGACCUGGUUACGGAUGAAGUAUUGGAUCUAAUGAUUCCUUAGAACUCAGAAGUUACUUAACUGUAUCUUCAGCUAUUUAAUGGAAUAAAUUUAGUUUUCAAGAA